GGGCGGCGGCGGCGGGCGCUGCGCUCGCUGGGCAGCCUGGCCGGGCGGCUGCUCCGCACCUGGGCGCGCCUGGCCGGGGGCCGCGGGGGCCGCCGCGCCGCCCCCGAGGAUGACGAGGGCGGGUUCCGGGGGUCGCGGCGGCGGCUCGGCGGGGCGGCCCCGGCGGCGGCGGCGGGGGGCGAUGCGGGAGCGGGCGAGGCGGGAGCGGGCGGCGGGGAGCGGCCGCCGGGCGCGCAGGGGCUGCGGAACCACGGCAACACCUGCUUCAUGAACGCCGUGGUGCAGUGCCUGAGCAACACGGCGCCGCUGGCCGAGCGCCUGGCGCUGGGCCGGUACCGCGCCCGCGGCGAGGUCACGCACCGGCUGGCGGCCCUGGUCCGCGCGCUCUGGACCCGCGAGUACACCCCGCAGCUCUCCGCCGAGUUCAAGAACAUCGUCUCCAAGCACAGCUCGCAAUUCCGGGGCAAUGCUCAGCACGACGCGCUCGAGUUCCUGCUCUGGCUGCUGGACCGAAUGCACGAGGACCUGGGCGCCGCCUCCCCGGCCCAGCAGAGCCGCGGCCCCGCGCAGCCUGGCAAGGAUGGCAGCAGCGGUGCCAGCAGGUCCCCCCCUGGCACCCAGCACCCCCGUGGGCAGAGCUUCGUGCAGAGCCACUUCCAGGCCCAGUACAGGUCCUCCCUGACGUGCCCUCACUGCCUGAAGCAGAGCAACACCUUCGACCCCUUCCUGUGCAUCUCGCUGCCCAUCCCGCUGCGCCAGACCAGGGCUCUGAACGUCACGCUGGUGCUGCAGUGCGAGCGCUGGCGCUUCGUGCGGGUGGGCCUGGCCGUGCCGCUGCUGGGCACCGUGGCCGACCUGCGGGAGAUGGUGGCGCGGGAGGGCCGCGUCCCCGCGGAGCAGGUGAUCCUGGCCGAGGUGUCCCCGCGGGGCCUCCUGCGCUCGCUGUCCGACCCCGAGGCGCUGCGGGCGGCCGGCGAGGCCGCGCCCGUCUACGCCUUCCAGCCGCCGCCCGCCCGCCGCGCAGGUUGUCCCCGCAGCCUCCCCACUCCCCCGCGGUGCCACGGCCAGAGGGGCCUCGCCUGCUGCCCAGCACUGCCCGCUCCUCCGACUGCCUGCACCGCUGCGCCCGGCGGCCGCAUCCUGCUGCUGCUCUGCAACACGGCAGGCACAGGGCCACAGCUCGCCAGGUUCGGGCCGCCGCUGGUGCUGCGGGAGGAGCGCGGCGUCUCCUGGGAGCAGCUGCAGCAGAACAUCCUGGCCCAGCUGAGGGGGGUCCUGCGGGGAGAGGUCCGGCCACAGGGCACGGGAGCCCUUUUCCGGAUCCGCCUGGCUGGGGGCUCGGCCCCCUGCACCUACCUGUCCCCUCAGGACCCCCGUCCUCUCUGCCACCCUGCCAUUGACAGGGCCCUGCAGCUGUGCGGGGCUGGGGGCCCUCCCCACGUGAAGCUGACAGUGGAGUGGGACACAAGCACCAAAGAGCGGCUGUUUGGGAGCAUCCAGGAGGAGGUGGUGCAGGAUGCGGAGAGCGUGCGGCAGCAACAGCAGGCACACGGGCAGCAGCACAGCUGCACCCUGGACGAGUGCUUCCAGCUCUACACCAAGGAGGAGCAGCUGGCCCCGGACGAUGCCUGGCGCUGCCCGCACUGCAAGGUGCCCCAGCAGGGCACGGUGAAGCUCAGCCUGUGGACGCUGCCCGACAUCCUCAUCAUCCACCUGAAGCGCUUCCGGCAGGUGGCCGAGCAGCGGCACAAGCUCACCACGCUGGUGAGGUUCCCGCUGAGGGGGCUGGACAUGGCCCCGCACGUGGCCCAGCGGGGCCAGCCCGGGGGGCAGCUCCUGGGGCGCUGGGCGCCCUGGCAGCCCCCCCUGCGCCUGCCCCCGGGCUGCCCCCGCGACCACCUGUACGACCUGUACGCCGUCUGCAACCACCACGGCAGCAUGCAGGGCGGCCACUACACCGCGUUCUGCUGCAACGCCCUGGAUGGGCGCUGGUACAGCUACGACGACAGCCGGGUGGAGUGGGUGCGCGAGGCCGAGGUGAGCACCCGCAGCGCCUACAUCCUGUUCUACCAGCGCCGCCGCGCCGCCGGCUCCGGCACGGGCUCCGCCGCCGCCGCGGGGCACUGGGUGUUCCGCCUGGCCGCCUCCGAGCCCCGCACCGACCCCGACCCCUCGGGCUCCGUCGCCGCCCCGGAGAACGGCGGGUUCGAGGCGCGGCCCCCGGUGCGGGGUCUGCAGGGCCUGCACGGUCGCAGCCUCAGCGUCCGGACCGCCCCCGCCGGGCCCCCGGGACAGGGGGAGCCGGACCCCCGCGCCCCCCGCCGGCUCCGCCGGGCCGCCAGCGCCGAGGGGACCCCGCGCCGGCCGCCCGCGGGGGCCGCGGCGGGGCCGCCCCUGGCCGCCCGGGGUCCCCCCGGGGCCACCCUGCAGCGGGGCCGGCAGCCCCCCGGGGCCCUGCGCCCCUCGGCCGUGCCCGAGUCCAGCUUCUGA